AUCGUUUGUAAGCAGCAUUUCGUGAAGACAGGGAUCGGUUCUGUCUUGUGUUUAUUUAGUGACAGCAGCAGACGCCAGCGAACAUGCCUAUCGAGAUGGUGGACCUGGAGCAGGUGGUGAAGGACUACAUCCGGAACGACUGGCUCGAGGACAGACACCGCAAGGAGGCAGACAUGGAUAACGCCGAGAUCAAGUGGGACCACGUGCAGUUCACACACUACCCCGCCAAAUACACCUACGACAACGGCGACAGCAACGAGGAGGAUGCCAACGGGGAGAUGAUAAAGACGGGGAAGCUGAGCACGCCGGGCUCGCACAUCAUCUUUACUGCGUACUUUACCAACAACACCAGCACCCAGCAGACCCACACGCUGACCACGGAACGGCGCACGGAGUCCACGUGCACGGUAUCGCUGUCUAAGUCGUAUACGAUGGGCGGCUCCUUCAACAUUCGACUGACGCCGCCUAAUCCAAUCAUCGAAGCCAAUGCAGGUUUUAAAGGAGAAUUGUCGAAGAUGUCAGGGUUAAAUGACACAUUUUCAAAAGAAAUGACAUGGUCCGUUAAUAGUCAGAUCAUAGUGCCCAAACAAUCAUGCACCAAAGCUGAUUUAGUUAUAAGAGAAGAUAAUUUUGAUGGCCAUUUCACACUGCGUACCAAAUUAGAGGGCAAGGUGGUUUACACUGUGUGGGACAAAAAGAAAAACCAUCUGUCAUCGGGACGCUUGGAUGUGAAAAAUAUUUUUAAAUCUUGCAAAUCAUUCCAAGUUGAAAACGGAGUAGUCUAUUUCACAUCUGAGGGAAAUUGUAAAUGCAGAUUUGGUGUAGAACAGAAAAUGAAUCUGACGGAGCUUCCUUUGGACCGAGAUUAGGUGUUUUGUCAUACUGCAUGCUAUGAUCCACGGACAAUCUACGCAUAUUUACAAAUAUAUUUACUCAGUUACCUUUUAUAUUAUCUACACUACUAAGAGAUACUUUUUGAUAAAUUGUGAAAACAAUGCUUUUUGGGUGCAAUAGCCUUUCUUAAAACUAUACAAUUCAAGAUGACCCCAUGCAUACCCCAGUGACAAGUUUGUGUUUUUACGUCACUGUGUUAACUAUAACAAGUGAAAACAAAAUGGUGACAGUAUAAGUGUUGAUAAUUUACCGUACAAGAAGAAUCAUCUUUUGAAAGUCAUCUGGAUUUUGGAUUCUUCAACUUGCUUCUGUGUUCUUUGUGUUAAGGCUGUUUGUUUGAGCCACAUCACGUGUUUGGAUUACUUGUGUUCUGUCUGCUGUUUGGAGAGCUCGGCCUGAUGAAGUUGGAAGCGAGAGUCAGUAAGUGAUUACAUCUGUCAGUGUCGCAAGCACCCUCAGUACUGAAUGUCACCAGUUACCAGCAUCUAUAUUUAACGCUUACUUCGCUUGGAUACAACAUUAUGGUCGCUAUAUUUACACAAUAAAGGUUAUGUUAUGAA